GCCCGCUCGCACCGCCCUUUGCGGAGCGCUACCAACUAAGGACGAGCUAGGCGCUCGCCGACCCGGCACGCGCCGAGCAGACAGCACCUCCCGUCCCUGCCUCCUAGCGGGCCGGCCGGCCGGCGGGCGGAGCCUGAGAAGCUGGUCUUUGAGUGGAAGGCGGGAAAAUGGCGGACUCCUCCGAGCGGGGCGCGGGGAAACCCACAACCACUGGUGCCCACAAAACAAAAGGAAGGAGAGUGCAAGGAGGAAGAGUGAUUGAGUCCAGAUACCUGCAAUAUGAAAAGAAGACUAAGAAGGUUUCUGCAUCAACUGGAGGGAAGCCACCUGAGGAAAGGAAGGCCAGCGCGUUGUCAAGGAGCAAAGAAGACAGCCAAGUGAUAGGAAUGGGAGACCUGCAGUCCACCAUGCUGGAAGGACAUGUCACAACUCCACCCAACCUUGACCUUUCAGGCAUCAAUGACAAAAGCAUGUUCAGGAAGCCUCCCCAGCUAGACAGGACAAUGUCAAAGGAAGCCCAGUCCGUGUUCUGUACCACUCCUCAGAAAAAAAAAACCCUUCACAAGAAGAGACGGGAUCUCCAGAAGACCAUGGACAUGAUGGAGUCACAGACACUGCUGCUGACCCUGCUGUCUGUGAAGAUGGAAAACAACCUGACUCUGCUGGAGGAGAAGGCUGAGAAGGACUUGGCAGCCAUGUGCCGCGAGAAGGAGAAGCUACAGGGGCAGGUGCUAGAGCUGCGGCGCCAGCUGCUGCUCCAGCAGAAACAUGAGGAGCUGGCUGCCGCCCUGGAUGCCCAGAUGGAGCUGCUGGGCCCUUUCCAGGCGGUGGCAGAGCGCUUCAAGGAACAAUACAAGACACUGGCCACAGCCCUGGAUAACACUAGACAUGAGCUGCCUGUGCAGGCCAUCCACAUGCAGGGAAGCGGGCAGGAGCUCCUAGAUGAUCUGCAGCCAGCCCUGAGGACCACCCUGCAGCUCCUGGGCGAGCUUGGCAUCUGCUCCCCGGAUAGCAGUGUACAGGAGCCCAAGAGCAGUAGCUUGCAGCCUGAAGCCUCAGCUCCCUUGCCGUGCCUGCUGGAGGAGCUCAGGAACUUGACCAAGAAAAAGGACCUGGAGCUCCACAGGAUUGUUGACCAGGUGCUAGAACUUUCCUCCCAGGCCAGCAAGGAAGUAGCCUUGAUAAACCAGGAAGUCUGGGAAGAGGCCCCAGGCACCCCCUACCUGCAGCCGUGAUACUUCAGUCCAGAUGUCCUCAGGGACCACUGUCCCCUCUCAGGGCAGGACUAAUCACAAUGUAGGCCUGACCCUUGAGUGACUCCAGACAGCCUGUCCUGCUGCUUUGUGGAUAUUUCCCUGCUGCCUUUUCAGCCACUGACAUUGCCUCCGUGCCUUGUUCAAAGCCUGAAGGAAGUUCCCGUGAUAAAGUUUUCUGAAGUUUUGUGCACUUUCCACUUGGGACAUCAUUAGCACUUCUGGGUUUUGGUUGUUUUUCUGGUUUGUUGGUUUGUUUGUAACAGGCAUCCUGAAACUGAGUGACUGUGAUUACUAGGUUCCCAACCUCUGUCCUUCCUGUUUUAAAGCAGCCUUAAAUUCUGAUUGGCUGAGCAUGGUGGCACCUACCUUUAAUCCCAACACUUGGGAGGCAAAAGCAGGAGGAUCUCUGUGAGUCCAAGGACAUCCUAGACUACACAGAAUGAAUGAAUGAGUAAAUGAUUAAAUGCUGAUGGAUGGA